AUGGCUGAUUUUACAAAUUCUUUGCCCCUGAGAGGUCAUAUCAGCUUUAGUGAAAAGGAAGGAGACAACCUGAUAUUCAACUCAGACAAUCUUAAAAUGAUUGUCGGCAACUACAGUAAGAAAUUUGUCAAGCUGUUCUCCAGGAAAAGAAGAUCAGAAAAAGAUGUUGCUAAUCUUUCCGGUUUGACAGAGAAGUUUCCUGAAGUAAUAAAAACAUUCUCUCAUGAUGAUCUCCUCAAGAUCACAGAGUUCUACAAGCCCUACCUGGCUUAUGUGAUUGAAUACGACAUCACAAGUAUCCUGCAGAACCUGGCCACCAAGAACAUUCUCACCAACGAUGAGGCCAAGAGAUUCAAAGCCAAAGAAAAAUGUGAGGGGCAAGCAGGUGUGAUGUCUUUCAUCAGUGACAUAAUGAAGAUGGACAGUGUGGUACUGGUGAGCCUGUGGGAGUCACUAGCUGAAGAGCUUGUGAGAUUUCCAUCACCAAACAUGACAAGAAUACUGAAGGAGGUGACAGAAGGUGGACCAGGCCUCUUGCUGGAAAUUAAAGCCAGUCUACAGCCCCAUCCCAUUAAGGCUCAUAUUAAAGGCCUUUAUGAGACACACAGAGAUGGUGUGUCUAAAUCUACAAGUACGCUGGAGGAUCAGACUUCUCCUGGUGACCCAAACAUGAAAGCUGUGGGUUUUGAGACUCGAUAUACAGAGCUGAUGGUCAUCAACCAGUACAAAAGAACCUACAGUGAGAGGCUCCAUGAACUUCAGAAGAUGGGGAAGACUCAUGCAGAGCUAAUAGAGGAGCGGACAAAAGAGAAAUGUGAGCGAAUCUGGACUGAGCAUCUUUUUAGCAGGAGUCCAGGAAGUGAGACUGCCCCUCACAUAAUAGUGGUCAGUGGAGUGGCUGGAAUUGGGAAGACCACCAUGGUCCAGAAGAUUAUGUUUGACUGGUCCAGAGACACUCAGUACCAGAGGUUUGCUUUUGUUUUCCUGUUUAAGUUCAGGGAGCUGAACCUACUAGACACAGAGACAGAACCACAGAUGUCUCUGACCAGGCUGAUUGUAAGGCACUAUGAAUAUCUCAGUGACCCGAGACUGGGAGAAAUCCUGAAGAAACCUGAAUCUCUCCUCUUUAUAUUUGAUGGCCUGGAUGAGUACAAAUACAAACUGGACUUUACACCCAGGAAGCUCCCCUCAGACCCAGUUGAGAGCUUUCCUGUGCACAUCCUGGUCUCCAACCUGGUCAGAGGGAUAUUAUUGAAGGGCUGCACAGUCCUGAUAACAACCAGACCAACAGCCAUGGAGACCCUGGACAUGAAUAGUGUUGAUCGAUUUGCAGAGAUCCUGGGGUUCUUCUCUGAACAAAGGCUGAUGUACUUUAAGAAGUUCUUUGAUAAUGAUGCUGUGGGUGAUGAGGCUUUUCAGUAUGUGGAGGAGAACGCCAUUCUGUACACCAUGUGCUUCAACCCCUCAUACUGCUGGAUUAUCUGCUCUGUGCUGAAGAGCCACUUCAUGACACCUGAAGAAGAGCGAGGAGCUGCACCCAGAACUGUCACUGAGCUCUUUGUGAUGUUCCUUCUCAACAUCCUCACCAAACACAAGCGAGAAGCUAAUGACCAGCGGGGGAUUCUGAUCAAACUAGGAAAGAUGGCUUAUUAUGGGGUGGCUAAUAAGACUCUUGUGUUUUAUGACAAGUUUGAGAUGUCCACCUUUGGUCUCCAGACAGUCAUCUUGUCCACUACGUUCCUUUCAGGGUUCCUUAAAGAAAUCCUUCAGAGAGAAAGCACUCUGCAGCACAUGACUUACACAUUCUACCAUCUAACCAUGCAGGAGUUCAUGGCCGCCUGCUCCUUCUACCUCGAUCCAUCAGGGGACGUCGAGGAGCUGCUAGAGAAGUUGGACUUAUGUAAAGAUGGCCGGUUUGAGAUUCUCACUCAAUUUUUAGCAGGACUGGCCAGGAAUUCUGUGUUUAAAAUACUGGGGGGAAUCCUGGGGGAGUUUGAGAGGAAGAUGGCAAAGCGAAUACUGGAGUGGGUGAAGAAGAAAGCUGAACAGGCAUUAAGAGGUGAAGAUAAAGGUGAAGCUCUGCGAGUGUGUCAAUGGCUCUAUGAGACUCAGAAUAAGAGAUUAAUCAGAGAUGUCAUUGGGAAGGAGUUAAAGAUGAACUUUAUUAAGUUGACUUUAUCUCCUCUGGACUGUGCUGUGCUGGGUUCUGUCAUCAGCUGCUGUGGAGAACUUGAGGAGCUCAACCUGUCACAGACAGAGCUCACCCCAGAGUGCAUCAGGAGGCUGGCGCCGGGGCUCAUCUGCUGCAGACGUGUCAACCUGUCUUAUUGUGGUCUCACCUCCAGAUGUUGCUCAGCUCUCUCCUCAGCUCUUUCUGCUCCACACUCACGACUGACUGAACUGACCCUGAGCAAAAACAACAUGGAGGAUUCAGGAGUGGAUCAGCUGUGUGAGGGGCUGAGAAGUGAAAACAGCAAAUUAGAAAAACUGAACCUGUCUGUUUGUGGUGUCUCCUCCAGAUGUUGCUCAGCUCUCUCCUCAGCUCUUUCUGCUCCACACUCACGACUGACUGAACUGAACUUGAGCAGAAACAUCAUGAAGGAUUCAGGAGUGGAUCAGCUGUGUGAGGGGCUGAGGCGUGAAAACUGCAAAUUAAAGAAACUGAACCUGACUGAAUGUUGUCUCACCUCCAGAUGUUGCUCAGCUCUCUCCUCAGCUCUUUCUGCUCCACACUCACAACUGACUGAACUGAACCUGAGUGAAAACAUAAACAUGGAGGAACUGGGAGUGGAUCAGCUGUGUGAGGGGCUGAGGAGCGAAAACUGCAAAUUAGAGAAACUGAACCUGUCUGAUUGUCGUCUCACCUCCAGAUGUUACUCAUCUCUCUCCUCAGUUCUCUCUUCUCCACACUCACAGCUGACUGUACUGAACCUGAGAGACAACAAACUGGGAGAUUCAGGAGCUCGUCAGCUGUGUGAGGGUCUGCGGACCCCAAACUGUAAAUUAGAGACACUGAUGCUGUGGCGUAAUGAGAUCAGUGAGAGUGAGAAGAAGAACCUGAGGUCACGACAGGAGGAGCUGAACAGGACUGGACGGCAGGUGAAUAUCUACACAUGAGAAGACUGGACAUGAUGAUCAACUGACCCCAUUGAUGGUAGCCCCUGUCCAUUCCCUCUAAAUUCUCCUCUUUAUUCUUUUAUAAUCCCCUCAGCUCUCCUCCACAUUU